GUCUGUGGUUGCGCGGCAGUUUGCGAGGUAAUAAUGUAAACUCUAUUGUUGCUGCCAAUCAACAAAAAGCAUGCCUUUGUGUAGCGUACACGGGAUUUGAUCAGCGAUAAACACAACCAAGAACAAAACCGUUUGAAACUAGCAGAAAUUUUAAUCAGAAGUUAAUUUUCACCAAAAACCGGGACAAUUCGUGAUCCGGGAAAUACCAUUAAUUAUCCGGGACAGUCACUCAAAAAAGAGAACAAUCCCGGGAAAUCCAGUGCAUGUGGCAACCCUAAGCUAAUUGAAGAACUUAUGCAAGGCAAGCAAACAGGCAGUCAACAUCAUUCCCUACUGACAUUUCCUUUAAAAUUACAUUAUGGAUGUCCUACACAAAGCCAACUUUGUCUAAUCCUGUGAAGUUUCUCCUGUGUAACAAACAGCUAAUCCUGUCGCCUUGUGACUGCAGCCCCACCUCCGAGCAAUUUCCGCUGCAAGAAUCGGCAGGACACUGGUGGCACGUCGAGGAUACAAUAACAUUCUCCAAGCUGAUGGCACGAACUUUUAUCCGAAAAAAUCCACAGGGCACAGAGGCUGAAUCUCCUUGAUGUAGGCCUAACUUAAUAUUAUUCACAGUUAUAGACGAUAGAUAUAAAAAGAAGACUUUCCGGAGACUGGACAAUUGAAUUCCAAUGAACACCCAGAGUGAAACUUUUGAAGACAGUGACAGAGAAAUAUUUCCUUCCCAGUCGUAGGACUACAAUAAUUUUAGAUUUGUAACAUUUGUUUCUAAGUCGACUGACAUGUAUUCCUACGAGACGCUUGCAUAUUCGGGGGGCACCUUGCCGAGACGUAUUCGAAAUAAAUGGAGACCUCUGACACAGUCAUCAGAACUAAUCAGGACAAACGUGGUCCUGGAGAAGAAUGCAGAUGAGACAUUUGGUUUUGAAAUUCAGACUUAUGGUCUUCACCAUCAGAAUGAAAACUCAGUGGAGAUGUGUACCUUUGUUUGUAGAGUGCACAAUCACAGCCCAGCCAAACUGGCAGGUCUGAAAGUUGGAUAUACCAUUGCAUGUGUUAAUGAGACAUCAGUGGAGGGUUGCCAACACAAGGAGAUUGUUCAGCUGAUCAGGUCUUCAGGGAACAUCCUCAGACUUGAGACACUCUACAGUGAUUCAAUACGGAAGGCUGAGCUUGAUGCUAGACUGCAAUACUUAAGGCAAAUCUUGCAUGAGAAGUGGGAUGAGUACCGCUCCCUGAUGAUGCAGGAACAAAGACUAACCCACGGCAUAGUUAUGAGUGACGCUCUGAUUUAUGAGUCCCUGGAAUCAGCAGGAGUUUAUGGGAGUUUAGGUGUUCCCAGUCCCAUUACCCUUCGUGCUCAACACCUCUGGGAAGGUAGCAACAGCAGCAGUGCCAGCCACCUCAGCGUUGCCACAGAUGAAGACUCUCUGUACCAGGACUGUCUGUACCAGGGUAAUAUGCCCACCCCAUCCAACUCUGAUUCCUAUUGCAAACUGUCUCUGCAACUCUCGGCCCAGAGACUUCUUCGUCCAGCCAUUGAUCUUUUUGCUACAUCAAGAUGUUCACUCACACGUAGUGCCAGCACCCGUAGUUACUUGCAGGAACCAGAGAAUACUGCUUCAUUGUCAGGCAGCAAACAAGGGCGGUUUGGUAUAAUGCUGCCCAAGCCAAAACAAAUGAGCUUUCCGAGGAGUCUGUUGAAGUUCAUCCCUGGCUUGAACCAUGCACUGGAAGAGGAGGAAAGCAAGCUAUGACGCCUUGCAUUAAUGGGAAGGGAAUAUACCUUAAUUGUGAACAAUUGUGCACUUGUUUCCAUGUUUGUUUUCAAUUUGGCAUGCUGAUAGGUAUAGACAUUAGGUAUAGACAUUAGGUAUAGGCUGAUAGUGGGCAACUACCUCCUGCUAACACUAGGGCUGUCAAUCGAUUAAAAAAAAUAAUAAAAUUAAUUACAUACUCUGUGAUU